UGGCCGGAUAUCCCGGAAGUGUGCUUGCGUCCGUUUCAGCUUCCGGGGGUCCUGCGCAGGCUCCGGCGGCCGGCGCUCGCAGCACGAUUGCUCGCUCCUUCUCUGAGCCGAGUCUCUAAUCCGCCGCCAUGUCCUACCCGUCCGAGGAUUAUGACAACGAGGGUGCAUACGAUCCCUACGCUUACCCCGGCGACUAUGACAUGCACACAGGAGACCCAAAGCAGGACCUGGCCUAUGAACGCCAGUAUGAGCAGCAGACCUACCAAGUGAUUCCUGAGGUGAUCAAGAACUUUAUCCAAUAUUUCCACAAAACUGUCUCCGACCUUAUUGACCAGAAAGUCUAUGAGCUUCAGGCCAGCCGGGUGUCCAGCGAUGUCAUUGAUCAGAAGGUCUACGAGAUCCAGGACAUCUAUGAGAACAGCUGGACCAAGCUCACUGAAAGGUUCUUCAAGAACACUCCCUGGCCAGAAGCGGAGGCCAUCGCCCCACAAGUUGGCAAUGAUGCUGUCUUCCUGAUCCUGUAUAAGGAGCUGUAUUACAGACACAUCUAUGCCAAAGUCAGUGGUGGGCCUUCCUUGGAGCAGAGGUUUGAGUCCUACUACAACUACUGCAACCUCUUCAACUACAUCCUCAAUGCUGAUGGCCCUGCCCCCCUCGAGCUGCCCAACCAGUGGCUGUGGGAUAUCAUCGAUGAAUUCAUCUACCAGUUCCAGUCAUUCAGCCAAUACCGAUGCAAGACAGCCAAAAAGUCAGAAGAGGAGAUCGACUUUCUGCGUUCUAACCCCAAGAUCUGGAACGUCCACAGCGUCCUGAAUGUGCUUCACUCCCUGGUAGACAAAUCCAACAUCAACCGGCAGCUGGAGGUCUACACCAGCGGGGGUGACCCCGAGAGCGUGGCUGGCGAAUAUGGCCGGCACUCCCUCUACAAGAUGCUCGGCUACUUCAGCCUGGUCGGGCUGCUCCGGCUGCACUCCCUCUUGGGGGAUUACUACCAGGCCAUCAAGGUGCUGGAGAACAUUGAGCUCAACAAGAAGAGCAUGUAUUCCCGGGUGCCCGAGUGCCAGGUCACCACCUAUUACUAUGUGGGCUUUGCCUAUUUGAUGAUGCGCCGGUAUCAGGACGCCAUCCGUGUCUUUGCCAACAUCCUGCUCUACAUCCAGAGGACCAAGAGCAUGUUCCAGAGGACAACGUACAAGUAUGAGAUGAUCAACAAGCAGAACGAGCAGAUGCACGCGCUGCUGGCCAUCGCCCUCACCAUGUACCCCAUGCGCAUCGACGAGAGCAUCCACCUGCAGCUGCGGGAGAAGUACGGCGACAAGAUGCUGCGCAUGCAGAAAGGGGACCCACAGGUGUACGAGGAGCUCUUCAGCUACGCCUGCCCCAAGUUCCUGUCCCCAGUGGUGCCCAACUACGACAACGUGCACCCCAACUACCACAAGGAGCCCUUCCUGCAGCAACUCAAGGUGUUUGCGGACGAGGUGCAGCAGCAGGCGCAGCUCUCCACCAUCCGCAGCUUCCUGAAGCUCUACACCACCAUGCCCGUGGCCAAGCUGGCCGGCUUCCUGGACCUCACUGAGCAGGAGUUCCGCAUCCAGCUGCUGGUCUUCAAGCACAAGAUGAAGAACCUGGUGUGGACGAGCGGCAUCUCGGCCCUGGACGGGGAGUUCCAGUCAGCCUCGGAGGUGGACUUCUACAUCGACAAGGACAUGAUCCACAUUGCUGACACCAAGGUGGCCCGCCGCUACGGAGACUUCUUCAUCCGACAGAUCCAUAAAUUUGAGGAGCUCAACCGAACCCUAAAGAAGAUGGGCCAGAGGCCCUGAGUGGACACCACCUCUAGCCACAUUUGUCCAGAAUUCCUGAGGUGCUGACAUCCAGGUGGCAGAACACGUUUGCUGCUGUGUAGUGGCCUGACCUUUGGAUCCUGACCAACAGGCCCUCCUUGCUGGGGUCUCUCUGAACCAAGGGCUUGAACGUUUAAAUAAAUCCCAGGAAGAGA